AUGCAAGAGGACAAUCAAAGUAUGGCGCGUGCUCUGGUAAUCGCCGAUCUGUCCAACGUUGUUGCCUACAGCAUGUUUGACAUGGACUAUGAAGGUAGCUACAUGCCGUGUCCAGAAGAUGACUUUGAUGAGUUCGGCGAAAUUCAGCAAGAGAACAAGGAGGAUAUGGAGGCAAUGAGUAAGAAGGACUCUCUCGAGAUGCAGAAUACCCUCAAAGCUAUGAGGUGUUGA